GACAUAUCAUGUAACGCACAGGAAGUUCCGGAUAAUCUAAAGGUCGAUUAAACUAGUGGCGACGCAGCACGUUUCGUUCGGCAUUUAUUUGUACCACUUGAAUACGUUCCAUAUUUAUUAAAAAAUGCCAAGAGGAAGCAGAAGCCGCACAUCAAGAAUGGCCCCUCCAGCCAGGGCACCACCUCCACCUAUGGCCAGGGCUGCACCCCCACCUUCCCAUGCACCAGUUCCAAUGCAGGCCCCUCAAUCAGCUGUGGGUGCUCCUGCUGCAGCACCCAGACAGCCAGGUAUGUUUGCCCAGAUGGCAACUACGGCUGCUGGUGUGGCUGUGGGCUCUGCGGUUGGACACACGAUAGGUCAUGCCAUGACUGGAGGCUUUAGUGGAGGCAACUCUGAGCCUGCCCGACCUGAUGUCACAUACCAGGAACCCCAGCAGCAGCAGCAGCAGCCUCAGUACAUGUACCAGCAGCAGGCUCCUCAGCAGCAGCAGCAAGUCUGCUCCUAUGAAAUGAAGCAGUUCCUGGAAUGUGCCCAAAACCAGAGUGAUCUUAAACUUUGUGAAGGCUUCAGCGAAGUACUGAAACAGUGCAGAUUUGCUAAUGGUCUGCCAUGAGUAGAGGGAAAAAACUUCAUCAUUCAAUAAACAGCACUCACAAAGAUCUCCAAUAAAACACCAUACUAGAUACUGAAUUUGUGAUGUGCAAGAAAUCUCCAUUGCUGCUUUGAGUUGUGUUUAAUUUCUCAGGAAAUGCCAGCAGAAAUCAUUAUCAUGGUGGUAAAAAAAUGUUUAUGUCUAAGUGUGGUGCACUGCUUUCGAACUCUGAUUGAUUUGUCAUUUCUUGUGUAGUUUUACCUGACAUUUCCUCCUGUAUCUAAUUAUAAAAUAAACUGCAUUGCAAAUAGAUGUUAAAGACUUGUCAAAUACUUGGCUCGACUUGUGCAUCGAAGUCUGCAGUUUCAUUGUAACAUGCCUAAAGUUAUUAAAACACUUGGACCAUUAA